UUUUUAGAAAAAGAUAACAUUUGCCUGUUGUCAUUGAUAAAAUUAUAUAUGUAUCCAAUACAAAACAAGACGUAACAAUACAUUCCAAAUCCUAAAUCUAAUAUUCAAAUGCCAAAAUUAAAAAAAUUAAAAACCUUUGAACAUGCUUGUAUAAAAACUCUAAAAAAUGGACCAUUCAAUCGGACCACCAACAACAUCAGCUAGAGUAGGUGGUGUAGGACCUCAAUGCUAUGUUUUAAAUGGUACUGCUACCAUGCUUCAUCAACAGCAAUAUACUGCUGCAGUUCCGCUUUUACUACCACAAUCUAUUAAUUCAUCAACUACCUCACCUCCUUACAACAUUCAUUCAAAUCAUCGAAAGUUAACACAUGGUAAUACAUCUGACAAUAAGUUCAUUAAUGGAUAUAAUCAAACUUAUAGUGUUGUUCAACAAACACCACAAGUAGUAUCUGUUAUUACACAACGCAACCACAAUUCAUCAAUUCCACAUACUAUUAAUAAUAACUAUUACCAAUCCAAAGUCAGUAAUACAGUUCAAUUAUCAAAUAAUGCAAAUACUGGUAAUACAUCCUCCAAUUUGUAUUACUUUGAAAGUAAUGGAGCUACAUCUUCUCAACCUCAACCAAUAGAUCAUCAUGCUCAUAAUAGUAACCGAGAAGGAGCCCAAAUGCGUUUAAAACAAAAUACUACACAAGUUUCAGCAUCACCACAAUCUUAUUACAACGAAAGACUUCCUAUAACAAAUCGAAAUAAUAUCUCUACUAUGUCAUCAUCUUUCUAUGAUCUACAACGCUGGCCACAAUCUCAAACUCAAACACAUCAAUAUAAUAACAAUACAACUCAAGUACAAAAUACUUAUAAUAACCCAAACUCUUAUUACAGUGGUUCUGUAAAUCUUUAUAAUAAUAAUGUACAAGUACAAAAUCAACAAAAUGUUGUUGCACCAAUGCAACAACAAUUAACUUCUUUAGAACCAUCAUCAAGAGUUGUUGUACCUGAUAUUGAAUUAGAACUUAGCCAUCUUGUAUCUAUUCCGGUUAAUAACAAUUUAUCAAAUAACGUUACAUCACCUAGUCUACCAAUUGUCAAAUGCUCAAAACCUUCUUUUAUGGAUAGUUACCUAAAAUUUUUAAAUGGAAAUGAAGAAACACGUGAAAAUAAUGUUCCUCCACCUGCUAAAAAACUUCUUUUACCACUUGCUCAACAUAGUGCCAAACCGUUAUCUGCUAGUACUAAAAAAACCACAUCACCAAAUAACCAUAAUCUAAUUAAAAAUAAUACAAAAUGCAACACUUCAAAUUCUCUAACACUGGAUGAUGAUCCAAGAUAUUUUCCUUUAGCAAAAUCUACAUGCCGUUUUUCAUCUUCAGACAGUGAUGAUGACUGCUGGAGUAAAAAGUCUACUACUACAACUUCUAUGAAUACCACUGUUAAUAAUGUUCGUAAUUUAAAAAGUACAUCAAAAAAUAUAUCAUCAAAAAAUAUGAAAAUAAAUAAAAUAACACCAAUUUUGGAAUCAAAAACCAUAAAAACUCAAAAUCGAACAUCAAGCCAGCCAAAACGUCGACAAUCAUCACAGCGUUUAGCUAAAUCUAAAACUGUAACUACAGUCAAAACAGCAAUAAGGAACAAUGUGGAUGCAACUGAAGAGUCUGAAGAUUCUGAUAUUGAUCCUGCAUGGACUCCAUAAAAUACAUCGUAUUUUACAAAUGAUAAUUAUUAUUUAUGAACUGUGUACAUGGGUUAUUUAAUUGUUAUAUUGUGGUAAAUUAUUUUUAAACCUGGAUACUGCAUAUUGAAAAAAAUUAUAAUUUUAACUAAUUUUCAUAUUUGAAAAUUGUUUUGGCAUAAAGUAUGAAAUGAGAUUUUUCAAAUAAUUACUUUAAAUCAUUAAUUAUUCAUUUAAAUGAUUAAUAUUUUUUCCGAUGAUAUACUUCAGUUUUUUACUUCUUUUAAAGAACUAACUAUAAUUAAGAAUGUUUAAAAAAAGGUUAAGCUCUCCAGGUAACAUAUUAAUGUUUUAUAAAUUAAUAAAAGAACUACAGUAAUCUUUAUCUUAGAUUGCAUAACUUUAUUGAUUGUGUAAUCCAUUUUUAAAUUAAUAAAAAAAUUAUUUUAUAUAAAAACACUUCCUAAACUUUACAACUAUUUCAAGGUACUGCACCUCUAUGUUACUUUAAAUUUCUAUUUUUAAUUUAUAUGUAUUUAUGUAUAUUAAUGAUGAAAAAUAAAUGUUUUAUUGAAAUAA